AAGAACCUGCAUUUCAACAGCUACUCAGCAAAUGCGGACAAUAUAAACCUGAAAAAUGGUCGUCACUGUCGUUGGAUUCCAAGAACAUCGCGAAAAUUGGAGAAGGUUGUUACGCUGAAGCGUUUUCAACGAUUUUUAACAAUCAAUCGGUUGUGAUGAAAGUACUCCCGUGCAGAGAUAUAUCAAAUGGAGAGAAAUGUGGAGAACACACACAAGGAAUAGACGCAGUAAUAGCAGAAUUGGCUAUUCUGAAAUCUCUGUCAGCUCUGAGUACUAAAAACCACGCCAACGUCACUGAAAACUUCGUAAAAAUGGUUAUGGCAAAAGUUGUAAUAGGAAAGCACCCAACUUCUCUACUAAAGGCUUGGGACACGUAUCGAGUGGAAGAGGAGUCUGAAAACAUCCGUCCGUCAAAGUUCAAUAAAAAUCAACUAUACCUGGUUUUGAUACUUUCAAAGGGCGGAACUGCCCUCGAGAAGUUCAAAAUGGAGAGUAUCGAUCAAUUCCAUUCUAUUAUGCAGCAACUCGUCUAUUCGUUGGCAAUUGCGGAAACGGAGUUGCAGUUUGAGCAUCGGGACCUUCACCUCGGAAAUGUGCUUAUUGACAAAACCGGGGCGGAGGAGUUAGAGUUCGUCCUCAACAACCGUCCGGUGAGAAUAAAAUUGCGAGGAGUUCGUGUUACGAUUAUAGACUUUACAUGGAGCCGCAUUCAAGAAGGCGGCAAAACAAUUUACGUCGACACGGAAAUUGACACAGCAAUGUUUGAAGGAUUCAGUGACUCGCAAUUCGAUGUAUAUCGAGAGAUGAGGAGAAACUGCCAGAAAAACUGGCAACAUUUCUUAAGUGAAUCGUACGUGUUGUGGAUACGGUACAUAGCAACGGCCAUCAUCAGGAAACAUUCUUCUUCGUUUAUUGAACAUUCAGAAGAAAGUGUUCAGACAGCGAUGAUAAUGAUAAACCGAUUGGGAGAAUACAGAUCCUGUAGAGAUCUUUGUCAAGAACUCAAUCAAUGAACUGACUCAGGAAUCUACCUCAGCUGUGACGAGUGACGAUCAUUCACAAUUUGAAGAAGUUAUAUUAGAUUACGACAAAGUACAGGAAGUACGAGUAGCUGGAACAUCCGCGGAUACGUCAUCUAAACUGAUAACAGAAAUUAAUAAGGCGUUGAAAAGUAUUGUGGGUCAAGUUCGAAUACUGAAGGACAAUAACGAACCGGGGAAAUUGAGAAAAAUUCUGGAAUUGCUCAAUGAAGCUGCUGAUGUCCAACCGAAUUAAAGUGUCAUCGAUGAUAGCGUGACUGACGAACUUCUUCCGGAUGAUUUGAUCAACAGUUUCUGUGACAAGUUACAACUUGCCUAUGGGUAUGAAAUUGAAGGAAUGUUCUCUAUGCAAUACUUGAAAGUGGAAAAUACGGCCGAUGUGCAAGCUCGAAUUACGGGACAGAACCCGGUUGCUCAGAUUCUACUCGACAGUAGUCGUGCUCAUUACAUCCUGUUAUUCUACAACUCAGACAAGAACUUCAUAGCGAUUUAUGACAGUCUGCAGAGAUUCGAUGCGGAUGGAAACCCGAUAGUAUCCGAAAAUGUUUGCAAACAAGUAUCAGUUAUGUUUGGGCAAAUAUUUGAACGUCAAAUUCCUUGCACCGUGGACAUUAACUAUGAGCAACAGACAGACGGAUACUCGUGUGGAUACAGAGCGAUCGGAGCUCUGGUUGAUCUGGCUCGAAGAAGAAACCCGUGCACAUCAACAAUUCGUAUAUCAGCAAUAAGAGACUUGCUAGAUACAGUUUUAAGAACAGCAAGCUCGAGGAAAAGUCUAUUCCAAUCAGCCGAAAUUGGUAGCAAAAAAUCAAUUAGUGGAUCUAAUUGCAUGUGGUUCAGCAUUCCGAAUAUUUCAAUUUGA